AUGCGUGUGCCCCGCGGUGGGCUUCAAGGGGCCAUUCUUUUCCUCGCCGGGAUUGGUCGUGUCGCAGAGGCACUGAGUAUUGAUAUCAAUGAUGCAGACUCCAUUAAAAGUGCAGCCAGUCAGACCGCUUACGGUUCGAUGUUAUGGUACUCCGGCAAUGAAACGGGUCAGAUUCCGGGAGCGUUUCCAGACAAGUGGUGGGAAGGCAGUGCUUUGUUCUUAAGCCUGCUUUACUAUUGGCAUUACACCGGCGAUACCACCUACAAUGCUGAAGUUAGUCAGGGUAUGGAGUGGCAGGCUGGCAACGGAGACUACAUGCCGGCCAAUUAUAGUAGCUACUUGGGUAACGACGACCAAGGCUUUUGGGGUAUCGCCGCUAUGACAGCUGCCGAGAUCGGUUUCCCCGAUGUCGACAACGGAUACUCCUGGCUGUCCCUGGCGCAGGGUGUUUUCAACACGCAAGUUGCUCGCUGGGAUAGUAGCAAUUGUGGCGGUGGUCUGCGCUGGCAGAUAUUCCCAUACCAAGCUGGCUAUGCCAUGAAGAACUCGAUUUCGAACGGUUUAUUGUUUCAACUGGCAGCACGUCUCGCUCGGUAUACCAACAACCAAACCUAUACGGAAUGGGCCGAGAAAGUUUGGGAUUGGAGUGCAUCCUCGCCACUGCUGAACAACAAGACAUGGAAUGUUGCCGACUCCACUGAUAUCGCAGGCGGGUGUAAAUCCCAGGGAAACAACCAAUGGUCGUACAAUUAUGGCACAUAUUUGAUUGGUGCGGCGUACAUGUAUAACAUGACCGAAAAGGAAACAUGGAAGACCGCUGUUGACGGUCUCCUGGGGGUUACACUGAACACAUUCUUUCCGAAAGACUUUAAUUACAUUAUGUCCGAGGUUCUCUGCGAGCCGAACGAGGUUUGCAAUGACAAUGAAAUCCUGUUCAAGGGCCUUGUCACUGGGUGGCUUGCCUUUGUUGCCUUGCUGGUCCCAUCAACCUAUGACCAGAUUCUCCCCAAGUUGCAAGCGUCCGCACAAGGGGCUGCCGCAUCGUGCAGCGGAAUGAGCAAUAACACCUGUGGGGUGCGCUGGCAUGAAUCGAAGUGGGAUGGCUGGGUUGGUAUGGAAGAGCAGAUUAGUGCCACCGACGUGCUGAGCUCAGUCUUGGUCACGGAAAAGAAAGGGGGCGGGCCCUUGACCUCAUCGACAGGCGGAAACAGUACCAGCAACCCAAAUGCAGGGAACAACGAUGGCAGCAGCUCCGACAAGAGCCAAUUAAAGCCAAUCACAACAGGUGAUAAAGCGGGCGCGAGUAUUGUCACCGUUGCAUUUGUUGGUGUAUGGGGUGGUCUGGUUGCGUUUAUGGUACUUGGAACCUGA